UACUACGUAACCACUAAUAGCAAGACAGAGCUGGGAAGCAACCCAAUAAUUUCUCUUCCUCAUCGCCAUUUCCUCUUCCUCUCUGCCGUAAAACCCUAACUUCAAGCUCGCCCUCUUCACUCCGAAGCUGAAGCCUUGUUCCAAAAAAGUUAAGGUGAAAUCUGUUUCUCCUCUGGUUGAUAUGGAAGGAGAGAGUAGCCAUAAUGACCCCUUGCAAUUGAUGUCUUUAAAUUUUGGUGGGAGUGUUGCGAAUCAUGUCUCUGGUGCGCCACAACAUGAUCUGAACCAAAAGAUGAUCAUGGAAGCUGGAACUAGUGUGAACCAAACUGAUGCGCUUGCAUUACCUUGGAUGGUUCAAUCCCCAAUGCCGGCUCAAAGUUGUGUUGACUAUCUAGCAGAAAGUUCAUCAUUUCUGCCAAAAUCUCCUUAUGAAGACAUGCUAGAGAGGAUUUCUUUAUCUGGUAGUGGCAUACAUGCUGCUGGUGGAGUCUCUGAAUUCCAUAGAGAUUUGUUAUACUGCAGCAGUCUUGGAAAAGCUUCUGGUUCUAAAUCAAUUGAUUUCUCUACGGACAUGGAUCCUUGGAAGCUACAGCAUCAUACUUCAUGGACAGAUAAUUUCACUGGGUCUAGUUUUGACAAUGUUUCUCAAGUUGAUCAAAAGUUAACACUGGCUGCACCUGGUUUUCCUUCCCGGCCAUGUCAAAGUGCUACAAAACAGAAAGCUCUUGUAACUGAUCGUCAGGCUCGUAGGAUCCGAAUUGCUGAAAGGGUAACUGCACUGGAAGAACUGCUUCCACAAUCUGUAGAGGGUGGUCAAGAAUUUGUACUGGAUGAUGUCAUUGACCAUAUCAAGUUUUUGCAGCUUCAAAUAAAGGAUCUAAGUAAAAGCAGAUUGGGAGGUGAAACAAUUACUGAACCGAUGAUUUUCCGCGAGGGAUAUGGUCACUACUUCUUACACCAGCAAAUGCUGAGUGAACCUCUUGAAGAGAUGAUAGGAAAAUUGCUGGAGACAAAUCCAGCAGCAGCAGACCAGCUGUUAAAGGACAAGGGUCUUUCGAUGGUGCCUCUGGGUUUAACCAAGAAAUUAUUCUGAGCCACAUAGAUGCCUGGUGGACUCAUAUGCAUAUAUCAAGUCUGGGUUUUGUUAUAUAUUACCUAUAUUUAUGGUCUCCUUCAGAUAGUUACUUGAACAAUCUCAUCUUCUGAGCUUUAGGGAAAUCAUUUACAUGGGUUGUUAUUCAGAGUAUUUAGUCUUUGACAGUCCAACACUUCGAUUAUUACUGCAAGCAACUCGUUACCAUCCUAUAUGUGUGCUGGAAGCCCUUGGAUGCCCUUGAACCAAAUUUUUUUUUUUUUCGUAUGGCGAUAAUGGAAGCAGAUGAAUUUGGCACCAAGUCAUUCAGCAGGUUGAUUAUUUCUGUAAAAUAGUACUCAUUAUUGCUGUUAAAUAACACUUAGGCCUCGUUUGGUUCACGGAAAGGAAAGUAAUUCCUUUGUCUUUCCCAUGGAAAGGGAAAUGCUUUCCAUUCUGAUGUUUGGUAACGUAAGGAAAGUUAUCAGGAAAGUUGUUAAAAAGUUUGUAAAUAAUGUAAUAAAAUAAUAUAUUGUGAGUAAUAAAUGCAAGGAAAGAAUAGGGUAAAGUGAUUCAUUUGGGGUUUGGAAUGAAUUACUUUCCCCCUGAUUUUCCC